UCUUCUCCUUCUCUCAGCCUCUGCUAGGAACCACAAUGAAUUCUACCGUGCUGCCCCCCGGCACCUAUUGGGGCCAAUAUCAGGAUAUCACCAAAUCCAAUACCCACCUGAGCGUGGCAGAGAGAUUGUGGGUCGCAUGGUAUGCGUGGGUGCAGAAUGAUGUCCUGGCCACCGGCAUCAUGUCCUUCGUCAUCCACGAGUUGUUCUACUUCGGCCGCUCUCUUCCGUGGAUCUUCAUCGAUAGCUUGGGUUUCUUCAAGAGAUACAAGAUUCAAAGUAGUAAAGUACCUUCAUUACGCGAGCAAUGGGAUUGCGCUAAGUUUGUGCUUCUGAGCCACUUCACCGUCGAACUUCCUCAAAUCUGGUAUAUUCCUGCCCUCGACGGAGGGGUAUUCUACCUGACGUCUAUCUCUCGGGCCCGAUUAAGUAGUAACGGCUCUUCUAGGCUUUUCCACCCAAUGGCCCAGUUCUGCGGUCUAUCAACAUCGAUUCCUUUUCCGUUUCCCUGGACUAUAACAUAUCAGAUUGCAAUCUUUUUCGUGAUGGAGGACACUUGGCACUAUUUUUUCCACCGAGCUCUUCAUUGGGGUCCACUCUAUAAGGCUAUUCACAAAAUUCACCAUCAGUAUUCCGCACCAUUUGGUUUAGCCGCCGAAUAUGCUUCUCCUAUUGAAGUGCUGAUUCUCGGCUUCGGGACCGUCAGCUGCCCGAUCCUCUGGUGUGCUUUCACCGGUAACCUGCAUAUUCUCACUAUGUAUAUCUGGAUUGUGUUGCGCUUGUUCCAGGCUAUCGAUGCCCACAGUGGCUACGAAUUUCCUUGGAGUCUUCACCAUUUCUUGCCUUUCUGGGCUGGUGCUGAUCAUCACGACCUCCACCAUGAGAAAUUCAUUGGGAACUACUCAAGCAGCUUCCGCUGGUGGGACUAUCUCCUUGACACCGAAUACACUUCAGAUGCCCUGAAGCGCCGAAGAGGGAAAAAGGUGAAGGCAAAGAAGACACAAUGA